AUGAUCACUAAGAAUGACGAAAAGCUCGACGAGUCUUCUUCCAUCGAAGAUGGCAACAAUGCAAAAGAAAAUGAUUACCCAAAGGGCUCCAAGCUCUUGUUCAUCGUUAUGGCACUUGUCUUGGCCAUUUUUCUCGCCUCCCUCGACAUGACGAUCGUCGCGACAGCCAUUCCCAAAAUCACAGACGAAUUCGGCGGACUCGACAAAGUAUCUUGGUACGGAUCUGCCUUCUUCAUGACAAAUGGUGGCUUUCAGUCCUCAUGGGGGAAAGCAUACAAGUACUUUCCCCUCAAAACAACAUUCCUCACCUCCGUCUUCGUCUUCGAACUCGGGAGUCUACUGUGUGGUGUAGCUCCAAACCCUGAGGCUUUGAUUGUCGGUCGAGCCAUUACAGGUGUUGGUGCUGCCGGUCUUGGAACAGGGGUUUACACCAUCAUUGCGUUGAUCGUGGAGCCAGCAAAAAGAGCAAGCUACACGGGGAUCGUCGGGAUAUCAUACGGAGCAGCCGCUGUACUUGGGCCUCUGAUCGGCGGGGCAUUUACCGACAAGGUCUCGUGGCGUUGGUGUUUCUACAUCAAUCUUCCUGUCGGUGGAGUCUCUGCACUCAUCAUCUUCUUCCUGUUCCACACCCCCAGCGCUUCGAAGCCCAUUGUUGCCACCUGGAGGGAGAAGAUGCUCCAGAUGGACUUCGUGGGCGUUGCACUGGUCAUGGCUGCACUGAUCUCCUAUACCCUGGCUUUACAAUACGGAGGCCAGUCCAUGGCGUGGAAAUCUAGCACCGUGAUCGGCUUACUCGUCGGGUCCGUCGCAAUUGCCGUCGCGUUCUGCUGUUGGGAGUUCAAUCAAGGCGAGAGGGCGAUGAUUCCCCCACGACUGAUGAAGCAACGCUCAGUUAGUGUGAGCAGUGCUUUCACUUUCCUCUUCUCAGGCCCUUACUUCCUCACUAUCUACUAUCUCCCAAUCUACUUCCAGAGCGUCGAUGGCGCCACGCCGACAAUGUCUGGCGUCUAUAGCUUACCAUUGAUCAUACCAGUCACGAUAUGCUUAAUCCUGUCUGGCGUGUGUAUCACUGCUACUGGCCAUGCAGCGCCUUUAGAAGUCGUCGGCAGUGCUCUUGCAACUGUAGCUUCCGGUCUGCUGUACACGCUGGACAUUGACACCAGCACCGGACGAUGGAUCGGAUAUCAGAUUCUCGGGGGUGUGGCCUGGGGCAUGGCAUGGCAGGUGCCAAUCGUCAUCGGCCAAGGCAAUGCCGAUCCUGUUGACUUACCAUCCAUCACGGCAAUCGUCUUGUUCUUCAUGAACCUUGGCGGAACAACCAUGCUCUCCGCUGCCCAGGCGGCUUUCGUCAAUAAGCUGGUCCAGGAACUGCCGAUGACGGCGCCGGGUGUCGACCCAGCUGUCGUGGUUGCUACCGGUGCGACAGAGUUGCGAAACGUCUUUGAUGCAAACCAGAUUCCUGGUGUGCUGAUGGCAUACAUGGCUGGCAUCAAGGUUGCACUGGCGAUAUCAAUUGCGGCAAGUGGAUUGGCAUUUGCCAUUAGUCUGCUCAAUAGAUGGAGCCGGCUUAACACCGAGGCUGCAAAGACACUUGGCGGGAAUGCUUAG